GCCCUGGUCUGACGGAGGUGGCGGCUGCAACUACAUGAUAAAGGCUCCGGGUAGCCCAGACUCUGGGACUCUGGGACUAAUCCAAGGCCUAGCGGGACAGUGCCUACCUCUGCCUGCCAUCUUGUCAGUGAUGAGGCGGUACGGAUGGAGCCGGGAGUGGAGCAUGAUGGUUGCGCGAAUGGACAGAUGGAGGGAGGGGAGGUUGAAAGGGAAAAUGGACCGCAAGCAGCACGGAGGUGCGCGGAGCGGAGCAGGACGUGGGAGAUGUGGGACUUCCGUUGGUCUGUUGGUGUCAUGAAGUGGUCGAGGUCCUCCCACGGGAUGUGGUCUUCUUGAGGACUUUGCUGUGAGAACCACUAUAUCAGCGUAUUACAAAUUCUACAGCGUUUCGGCGUUUGGCCUUUGCAGUCCCCACGCAGCUGUAUUCUUACCGAAUUCUCAACUCAGUAGGCGUAUUAAAUUUAAAGAAUUCCUCUAUCUAGGAAGCUCAGACUACUAUUGUUCCAGAACUGGAAAUGCCCAGCUUGCCUGCUAUUUCAAUGCUUCAGGGCCCGCUGCUAAGUAAAAAGUCUUCAUAGAGAUCUCCUUGUCAGCUCCCCAGCAUGGCAUUGCAGUGUCUCGUGCUUCUGACUGGCCUUCUGAUGGGUGGCAUGUGCAAGUCCACAGAAAGCAAGGCCCAGCAACCUGAGUGUUGUAUGGAUGUGGUAGACUUCAAUGCUACCUGCCUAGGUACAGGUCUAUGUGGCCCAGGUUGCUACAGGCACUGGAAUGCAGAUGGGAGUGCUAGCUGUGUCCGGUGCUGGAAUGGGACCCUCCCAACAUACAAUGGCUCUGAGUGCAGAAUUCUCACUGGCCGGGGCAUGCAGUUUCCCAUGAACAGAAGCACAGGGACACCUGGACAGCCACAUUUUGGGAGUCCUCAUGUGGCAGCUUCCCUCUUCCUGGGGACGCUCUUCAUCAGCACAGGCCUCAUCCUCUCUGUGGCUGGAUUCUUCUACCUCAAGCGCUCCAGUAAACUUCCUGAAGUUUUCUACAGGAGAGACAGAGCCCCUGUCCUGCAGCCUGGUGAAACAGCUGCAAUGGUCCCCCUGCCACAGUCUUCAGUGAGGAAGCCAAGAUACAUCAGGCGUGAGCAGCACCCAGACAAGAAUAGGGAUCCUUCUGCCUUCUCGACAGUGGAGGCCCACAUCAGCAACGUCUGAUCUAGAGGUCAACUGAGACUUCAGAGUACAGCAGUGGAGACCCAAGGCUCCCCUCCAGUGAGCUUGCUACACAAAGGGCCUGGGGCUUAAGAUAUGCCAGAAUUGACUCCCAAUGGCAGACAUGUACGAAUGCUAGGGGGGUGCUAACCUCCAUGCCAUGAGAUCUUCACUGUGUGGUUUAACAGGAGCAACCAUCUGUGAAACCUGAGGACUCAAGAGCAAGUCACAUGUGCCCCUUAAGAGUAACAGCAUCUGUAACAGCUAUAACACAGGCCUGAUCCAAAUGAUCAAAACUUCCGGAUCCCACCCACUGGAGCCCAUAGUAGACAGGACUCUCUCCAUCACCACCGAGCUAAGAAGAGUGAAACCAAAGUUCCAACAGUGGAGAAAACAUAACCUGGAAACUGGUACCAGAGAUAGGUUGCUCUAGUGUCAGUCUCUCAAGGCACAUAUUUCUCAGAGUUGCAGAAUUGAGUGUCCUAGGUUUUCUGAUUCCAGAAGCCAGCAGAACCUUGUCUCCCAGGGACAGAUUUCCAUCCAGCUACCUUUCAGUCUGGGCGCUCAAAGUAAAAUGUUUACCCAUGGGGCCUCCAUCUCUGAACACUUCAGGUCACUUGUCCCACUGGGCUUGUGAGGUCAUGCUGGUUAGCAGUCAUAUCUUUGCUCUUCCAAGACUCUAGAAGCUAUGCCUGUGAGCUGCUUGUAUGGCUGGUGGUGUUAGCCAUGUGUUCCUAUAGAAGAAGGUGCCCUGAUUACCAGUCCCACCCUCCAUGUAUGAUCCUAAGGUGUCUAGCAUCUUCUUUGACAUCAAGCACACAUCUGAUGUUAUUCACAGUGUUAUGAGUUUGCUUUCCCAGACUCAGGUAGCAGCAGCAAUUCAAAGUUGGACCAAUUAAAUUAGACUAGAUCUUCUCUCUUCUAGCUUUAUUGUCCCAAGGGUCAUUUAUUCAGUGUGGUGUAUGGGGGCUAACUACCCCAUUGCCAUGUUCAGGGGACAAGUAGUCAGGAAGGGGAAGAAGAACCCCUCAGCAGGAUUCAGAACCUAUUGUUGUCUGGUGGGACUGACAGUACAGCACAACCCAUCCCCUCUUGUUUCCUUGGCCAGAACCCGUUCCACAUGUAGCCCCUCCCAUUUCAGGAUACUGUCUUACAUGAAGAGGUGACCCAGCUCCUUAGGACUUGACGUAGAAAGUGCCAGUCAGCUGGGCAUGGUGGCGCACAUCUUUAAUCCCAGCGCUCAGGAGGCAGAGGCAGGCAGAUUUCUGAG